AUGGCCUCCCAAGGGACUCACAACGAGGCUGACUCUCGCGGACCUCCCGUUGGGUCCAGGGGCUUUAAGAACCUCAUCCCGAAAGACCUAUCCGGCUCCCCCAUCCCCCACAGCGAGCGUUGGGUGUACUCGACAUCAGCCCUCACCAACGGAAAACUCAGGUCGGUUCUACAAUCACCUGGACAACGCGUACGACGAGAUCACCGUCAACAUAUGGGGCACCUUCAUCAUUACCACAGUCUUUUUUGGGCCUGGGCCGCCGUCUUCGCCGUCCCGGACCUGACCGGCUGGCCGCGGUGGCUGUUCAGGUACAAGACGCAGCCCUUCGUCCGGGUCAGCGGGCGGGAGUAUGCCCGUAUUGCGCUGAUAGGGCUUCGAAACCAGUUCGUGGUCGUGCUGCCCUUGAUAUACCUCACCAGCGUGUUCGGUCCUUCCAAGCCUAUUGGGACAUCAUCGCUCCCCUCGUCAACACAGGCCGUCGCAACCGUAUUGUUUGACAUCUUCUGCACGGAGAUGGGCUUCUACUACAUUCACCGCGCGUUUCACUCCAAACAGCUGUACGCUCGCUUCCACAAGCAGCACCAUGAAUUCACCGCGCCCGUCGGGCUGGCGUCGACGUACUGCACCAUGACGGAGCACGUCUUCUCUAAUCUGUUGCCAAACGCCAUCGGAAGCAUGAUUGUCCCGCACCACUGGUCUCAGUCCAUCUUCAGUUUCCUGCUGCUGACAUUCGGAACCAUCUGUACCCACUCUGGGUACAACACGCCGUGGCUGCCGUCGAACCUGCAGCACGACUUCCACCAUUUCGCGUUCACUGAAAAUUUUGGCCCGACGGGGCUCUUUGACUCGAUACACAGUACCAACAAGAAGUUCAAGCAGACCCUACAUGAGGCAAUGCUGCGGGUUGGUGGCAAUGAUGAGAGGGCCAGGAAGCUAGUACUAGAGAACUUGGCCCUCAUCGAGAGCAAGGAGAACGAGGCAAAGCUGAAGAAGUGA